UGUUGAGAUAGCCAAGGUUCUGGACAGUGGAAAAAUGAAGGUCUUAGCACUGCUGGGGUUUUUAUCUGUAGCCGCAGCGCUACAUGAUUCUACAAUCGAUGUGGAUUCUUUCACCGGGUUCCAGGUUUACAGAAUCCAGCCCAAGAAUGCUGAGGAUGUGACCUACAUGCGAAUGCUGGAGAACCGUCCUAUUUAUGAUUUCUGGACUGAGAUUUCUCUGAAUAGAAAUGUUGAUAUUAUGGUACCUCCCCAGUUUCAUAAACAGAUGGAGGCUGACCUCGCAGCUCGUGGAUUGUCCUUCGAGGUCAUCAUUCCUGAUGUCCAAGUGUUGAUAGAGAACGAAAAGGUCAAGGCUGUGUCCAGGGAGAAAGCAUCUGCUGAUCAUGCUAUGACAUGGGAUGAAUACCAUACCCUUGAUGAUAUGUACAGUUACCUUGACUAUCUGGAGGCUACAUAUGACUUUGUUUCUACCGAGUCUAUUGGAUCUACUUCUGAAGGAAGAGAUAUGAGAGUAGCGAAGAUCUGUAAAGGAGGAUGUGGGGGGAAGAAGGCAGUCUGGAUUGACGGAGGUAUUCAUGCCAGAGAAUGGAUUUCUCCUGCCACUGUAACCUGGAUGUUAAGAGAACUGGUUGAAAAUGAUGCGGAGCAUUCUGAUCUUACCGAGACCCUUGAUUGGUACUUCCUACCCUCUGCCAAUCCUGAUGGAUAUGCAUGGUCAAGAGACCACAACAGAAUGUGGAGAAAGACAAGAUCUGAUCAUAAUUCUAUUUUUGGAUGUUUGGGAGUGGAUCUGAAUAGGAACUGGGGAUUUCAUUUCGACGAAGGAGGAAGCUCAUAUGACCAAUGCAGUGAAGCAUUUCAUGGACCUGAAGCUUACUCAGAACCUGAAAAUAUUAACGUCAGGGAUUUUGUAUUUGCAAGGAAAAAUGAAAUCGUCUUUUUUAACACUGUGCAUAGCUUUGGUCAGCUGAUACUGCUACCUUGGGGGUACACCAGCCAUGAGGUACCAGAAGAUUAUGAACAGAUGUUACAGCUUGCUACAAUGGGACAAGAAGCUUUGAUGGAUGUUAACGGAGAGUUUUACAAUGUUGGAUGUACUCCGUGUAUCUUGUACAAAGCUAGUGGUAUCUCUAUUGACUGGGCGCAUGGAGAAGCAGGUAUAGAGUUUGUGGUUAGUAUGGAGCUGCGUGAUCUGGGAGGAUUUAUUCUACCUUCUGACCAGAUUAUACCAACUGCUGAGGAGGUCUGGGCCUUUCAUACCACAGUACUCAGGGAGAUGAGUGCUCGGAGGAAAUAGAUUUUUCUCUUGAUUGAUAAAAAUAAAAAAUGCUUAGAUUUUAUAGAAAAUUUA